UUUUAGUAUUCUAGUAUCACGGUUGGAACAUCUAUCAUUUGCUUAUUAUUUGAAUCAACUAAUUAAUGAACUGAAUAAAUGAACAUUUAACUUUCAGUAUGAGAAACGAUAUUUAUUCAAUUUUUUAUAAUGAGUUUUAAUCUGGGCAAAGUGACAAUACUUCAUGGUCAUUCUAGUUAAGCGAGGAGCUCCGGGUAUUUAGGUCAAUAUAGAGUAUACAUAUUGAGAGUCCGACAAUACAAUACGGUUACCUCGACUCGAAAAUGAUGAAGAUAAUAGGACUAUUGGCCGUAUGCUUUAUUGGUGUCGUUGAACCGUGGUGUCCACCUUGCAAACGAAUUGCCCAAGCCACUUGUACAGACAUGAACACAUCGGGUGGGUCUACUUAUGCUGUUCGCAGGCAUUGUCACGGCGAUGACCAUAGAACGUGUGAUACCAUAUGCAAAAAUUUGAAUAACCAAGAUGCACAAGUGGCUAAAAGAAACAUGUUAUGCUUCAACUCACUCCACGUAUAUCAGAACAGACCUCGGUUUCCCGAUGGAGCUGGAUUCGAAAAGUUGGGAUUGAAGAUUUACCGAUACAAUACCUGCAGUCGCGCAGCUUGUGGCCCAAACUAUUGCUGUUGUAGAGCAUAGAUACUAAGUAGAAACGUACAGUGUGCUGAGUGUCAUCAAAGUGUCAAUUAUUUGUCAAAUAUCGACAGGAAAUAAAACUCUCUUUGACUCUCAUGCAAUUAA